AUGACUUCAAAAGAAGAACGCAAAGUAUUGGCUAUACAGAAGAAAAAGAAACGAAAGAAUAAAAAAAAGAAUGGAACAAAAAAACCCCCUCAAGUGGUUGCAAAUGGCGCUGAACAAAUUACUUCCUCAAAAUCUGGAAAUGAAAAUAAAACGAUAGCAUCUGCAAAAGCAAGUGUUAACAGCAAUGAUGACGAAACGAAAUUGAAAAAAUCGAAAACCUUCGAUGGCAGUGUCUCAAGAGAAACUCAUAAAUUUCUUGUUGAGCCUAAGGUUACAGCAAGUGCCCUAAUGAACUCAUCAAAAACUUUGGGGAAUGGUGUUCUUCAGCAGCAGAAUCGUCCUGUUACUCCACUGAACUUUCAUGGCGCAAAUCACAGAUUUCCUUGUACCCUGUCGCCGGGUACGAAAACGAUGCUUCCAGAUAAUUCUUGUAAUGGCCCAUCAGCUGGUUCACCAAGUGCAGGGAGUGAAAGCGCUUAUGGUGAUGAUGAAAUGGAACGAGAGCAGGAGGAAGUGCUUGGAAGUGAUGAUGAAGAACAGGAGGAUCCCAAAGAUUAUCGGAAAGGAGGCUACCAUCCUGUUGCAAUUGGUGAUGUAUUCAACGGACGUUAUCAUGUGAUUCGAAAGAUGGGAUGGGGGCAUUUCUCGACAGUUUGGCUCUGUUGGGAUACAGCACAGAUGCGUUUUGUUGCGAUGAAAAUUGUGAAGUCGGCUGAGCAUUACACAGAAGCGGCGUUGGAUGAAAUCAAAUUGCUAAUGGCAGUACGUGAUGCAGACGAGAGCGAUCUAUUCCGUGAACGGGUCGUGCAACUUCUAGAUGAAUUUUCAGUAACUGGCGUUAAUGGAACGCAUGUCUGCAUGGUUUUCGAGGUCCUUGGAUGUAACUUACUAAAGCUGAUCAUCAGAAGUAAUUAUCAGGGCCUCCCGUUAGAGCAAGUGCGUGUUAUCAUUAAGCAAGUAUUGGAAGGAUUACAAUAUCUUCACGAGAAGUGUCAGAUUAUACAUACUGAUAUAAAACCAGAAAAUGUCCUUGUUACAAUGACACAUGAACAAGUGAGACGGAUCGCAGCAGAAGCGAUUUUAUCGGGCAAAAUGGGCUUAAAAUUGUCGGGAAGUGCUGUAAGUACAGCUCCGCAACAUAUGGUUAAAAAAGUUGAAGAGGCAAUGUCAAAAAACAAGAAGAAAAAGUUAAAGAAGAAACGAAAGAAACAACGGGAAUUACUAGAGCAACAGUUAGUGCAGAUGGAAGGAUUAACUGUCGAUCCAAACGUUGUGCUUUCUUCGCUAAAUCCCGAGGAACGAAACAAAUUACUUAGAAAACAGCACAGCAACGGUUAUGAUGCUAAUAUUAGCAGCCGGUAUGCAAUACCCGAAUUGUUGCGUUCUGCAGCCAUGACCACUGCGAAAAUGUCCAGUGGAAAUAAUGCUAGUAUGAGUGCAGAAACUCAUGAUAGUGGUGUUACCAAUGGUAUUAUUCGUUCAUAUGCAAGUCAUUCAGUGGGUGCUAAGCCAACAGCAGCAGUUCUGUGCAAUACGACGUACUUGAGUGUUGAUGAGCAGUAUAGAUAUAAUCAGCAUAAAUCAGAAAUAGUGGCAACGAAAGCUGAAGACGUACAAAUAAAUGAUUCCAUUGGAGAGGAUACUUCUAUUUGUCCGACUACACGGCAGAAUCAACGUACUUCAGUUGAAAUAUCACUCGAAAAUGUUGCACUCAAAGCUGUUGAAGUAAAAGAUGCAACAGAAUAUCCGCUGUUAACCCCUGCCAGUGACAAUGAUUUGGCUGUGGAAAGACCAGCCCGAUUUUUACCUCCUAUGGAGUCAGAUGCUCGUUCAGAGAGUGAAGUGAAAGAGUCAGCUCUGCAACUUCUAUUAGAAAAAGAUGGUUUGUCGCCGAAACGUUUGGAGCCAGAUUACUUAAAUCCGGCUAUUGAAAUCAGUGUUAAGCUUGCUGAUUUGGGAAAUGCUUGCUGGACGCAUCAUCAUUUUACGGAAGAUAUCCAAACUCGACAAUAUCGAAGUUUAGAAGUACUCAUAGGUGCUGGUUAUGGUCCACCAGCUGAUAUUUGGAGUACUGCUUGCAUGGCAUUUGAAUUGGCGACGGGCGAUUAUUUGUUUGAACCUCAUAGCGGUGAUACAUAUAGUAGGGAUGAAGAUCAUUUAGCACAUAUAAUCGAGCUUCUAGGAACUAUUUCUCCCAGAGUUUACAAAAAAGGAGCUCACUGGCGUGAUUUCUUUGAUAAGCAUGGGCGUUUGCUUCAUAUUCACCAACUAAAGCCGUGGUCUUUGGUGGAAGUGUUAACACAGAAAUACGACUGGCCGAUUGAAUCAGCCGGACAGUUUGCUUCAUUUCUCAUUCCGAUGUUAGCAUUUGAUCAAGAUGAGCGAGCGACGGCUCGACAAUGCUUACGGCACGACUGGUUAAAACCGAAUGGUGGUAAACCAUUACAUGCAGUGGAGAAGCAACAGGUGCAAGUGUCAUUGCAGAACGAACUACCUCCGAUUCUUGAUCCAUCUUCUCUGGAUAAGCCGCAGAGAUUGGCUGAUGACAGUGAUCAUGCGGAAGGUGAAGAAUACUUCUUGACGGAUGAAAUGCAUAGAGCUUCUCUUAUCAACGAAUCUCAGCAGUCAGUCAGCACCAACGGAGGCGAAGUUUAA